AUGCGUUUCACUCAGGUUGUUGCUGCUCUCGCCGCCACUGGCCUCGCCAGCGCUCAAAUCCCUGACGUCCCUUCCUGCUCGCUUCAAUGCUUUCUCGAUUCCCUAAGCAACGAUGGAUGCUCCGAGCUGACCGACUUUGCCUGCCACUGCACUAAGCCCCAGCUCCCCCAGGAAAUCACCCCCUGCGUGGAGAAAGCCUGUAGCGAAGCUGACCAGUCAGCCGUCUCCAGCGCCGUCGUCCAGGAGUGCUCCGCAGCUGGCCACCCCAUCUCCCUCCCCCCGGUUGGCGGCAGUAACGUCAGCCGCUCUGAAGCUACGGCUACCGCGUCGUCUGACUCUUCUGCUGUCGGUGACACCCCUUCAUCGGCUGUUGCUUCCUCGUCAGCUGUGGCUACGGGCUCUUCUUCGGGCGCUAUCCCGUCUGCUUCUGCGUCGUCUAGCAACUCCGGCUCGUCUAGCGCGCCACCUCUCUACACUGGCGCUGCUUCGAACAUGAAGUGCUCAAUUGCUGGUGCUGCGGCUGUUGCUGCUGCUGCUGUUUACGCUGCUUAA